AUGAGGCCUCCAACAUCGCUCAUCGUCCUAUCGACCCAUAUGUCGAAAGUCAUAUAUAAUCAUCGUCUUGAAACUAGGUUAAUCUGUUGACCAAAACAUUACUUUGAAUUAUCCUUGAUAAAACGACAUCGAGAGCACAAAUAAUUUAAGAAGAGUUAUAGGAUUUAUUAACUUACGAAUUAAAUUAACAAAUUAUUAAUGAAGACUACAGCGCAUCAGAGGUUAGUCAUGGUCGGCGACCGGGAUGGGCUGAAAGAAUUAUUAAGGCGUAGACUGGUCGAGUGUGGGUGGCGAGAUCAAGUGAAGUUGAUCUCGAGGGAACUGGUAAAGGAACAUGGUCAUGACAUCACUUACGACACGUUGCUGUCCACGGUGACAACCAGGGCUCGCUCGCUCGUACCAGAUUCUGUGAAGAAGGAGCUGCUGCAGAAAAUUAAAACUCAGUUGAUGGCCCAAGAGGAGAAACUCAAGAUCGUUACGGAUCGUUAAGACUUUUUUUUAAUUGCUAUUCAAUUUCGACGAAAUUUUUCAUCACUACAAUUACGUGGUAUACUUUCAUGAAAAUGUAUAUUAUAAUAACAAUCUUAUCACAAAUUACAUUUCCUGAUCGUUCAUUAGUUCAUGAAGUAAUUAUGUGAGGUGACGUGUGAAUGAUGUACAAUUGACUUGGAUAUUUCCAUAUUGGUAAUGUGUACGUUUGAUGAAUUAUAUAUUUAAAAACUGUACAAUAUGUAAAUAAAACAUGGCUUUAUUUUAUAUCAAAUU